AUGUCCUCUAAUUAUUUCUUGUUGCUUCUAUCUAUUAUCAUUUCCUAUCAAAUUUGCUAUUUGGAUGCUGCUAACUAUUAUGCACCAACAACCUCAACUAAAAAGGUUUUAAACAAAAUUGACUCGUGUUGGCGGUCCAAAACUAAUUGGGCGGCAAACCGUCGGGCCUUGGCGGAUUGUGCGGUCGGUUUCGGACGAGGAGCCGUGGGAGGGAAAUACGGGGCCAUCUAUGUCGUCACGAACCCAUCCGACGAUCCGGUUAACCCAAAACCGGGGACAUUACGAUAUGGUGUUAUCCAAACGAAGCCAUUGUGGAUAAUAUUUGGUAAGAAUAUGGUUAUAACUCUAAAGAAUGAAUUGCUUAUGAAUAGUUACAAGACAAUUGAUGGAAGAGGAGCAAAAGUGGAGAUAGCUUAUGGACCUUGUAUUACAAUUCAACGUGUGAGUCACGUGAUCAUCCAUGGGAUUAGCAUUCACGAUUGUAAGCCCGGGAAAUCGGGUCUUGUCAGGAACAGCCCGGACCAUUUAGGUCAUCGUCAGGGUUCCGACGGAGAUGGCAUCGAUGUGUUUGCGUCUACUAAUAUUUGGAUUGAUCAUUGCUUUCUAGCGAAAUGCACUGACGGAUUAAUUGAUGUUAUUCAUGCUUCCACCGCUAUUACUAUAUCUAACAAUUAUUUCACUCGUCAUGACAAGGUGAUGUUAUUCGGACACAAUGACAACAACAAAGAAGAUAAGGCUAUUAAAGUUACGGUUGUUUUCAACCGUUUUGGGGCUGGCCUUGUCCAAAGAAUGCCAAGGGUGAGAUUUGGGUAUGCCCACGUGGCAAACAAUCGGUACGAUGAAUGGGAAAUGUAUGCAAUAGGAGGAAGUGCUAAUCCCACCAUCUUUAGUGAGGGCAAUUAUUUUGUCGCUCCAAAUAACCCAACUGCCAAACAGGUGACAAAGAGGGAGGUUAAGAGUGGGUGGUCAAACUGGAAAUGGAGGUCUUCUCGUGACAAAUUCGUCGGCGGAGCCUAUUUUGUACAGUCGGGAUAUGGAACCAUCGCUCCUUCCUACUUGCGUUCUGAAUCCUUCAACGUCGCCGACGGUUCUGCCGUUCCUUCUCUUACAUCUCAAGCCGGCCCUCUUCCUUGUGUUUCCGGAAAAUCAUGCUAG